AAAUCAAAAGGAGCGGGAAGUAACUAACUUAACUAAUUUCCUCAUACCGUUUAUAAAAGCCUAUAGCUUCGUAGACUUCACUCUUCUUCAUCUUUUUCCUCUAUAGCGCUACCCAAACGAAAAGCUCUCAAAUUUCUCAAUCUCUCAAACCAGAGUCUCCGUUAGCUCUCAGAUCAUAAUCUCUCAAACCAGACUUCUCUCUCUCAAGGAAGUUACAGAACGCUGCCAUGGACAGUAUCGAUGAUUGGGUGGAGCGCAGUAUCAGUGAAUGGAAGACCACCUUCAAUGAACGUAUCGCCAGAGCUCGUUGUAGAAAAUUGAUUGAGGAAAUCGUGACAUAUAUCCGUGACCGUGUUCGCCCUGUGGUUAGCAAUUUGCAGGGACAAAUUGAUACACUUAAUCGGGAAAUUAGAAAUCUUAAGCGAGAAGUUCAUGGACUUAAUCAGCAAAACGGAUCUCUCAAAACAGAGUUGGAACAACUCAGGGAACAGGUGUCCGGGUACCAGAAUCAGCAGAGAACAUUAGAGGUGGAAAAUAAUGUAUUGGCAGAGCGACUACAACAGACUCAGCAAAGCAACUCCAACAGAAGGCUACGCUCCCAUGCAUCCUGAUGUCUUCUAUUGAUUCUUGGAUGUGUUAAUUUGGCCUAAUGGGUGCAUAAUUAGUAUGUUAGUAUGUGAGUGCUUUCAACUGCUGUGAAAAAGGCCGUGCUACUUAUCUGUAGGCAUUACAAAUGGUCUGCUGUCCCAGCAAUUGCUUUGCGGGGAGUUUCUCUCUUUUAUAUUCAAAUGGUAGGCAGUGAUGAAAGAUGCAUUUCGUUUCAUUUGAAUACACCAUUAAGGAUUACUUCUCUUUUCGAUCUAUUUGUUUCCUUGAUUUCAAUAUUGAACCUCUUUUUUGGUAAGUAAUUUCAAUAUUGAAAUUGAUGCACAUCAUAGAUGUUUGUAGGUUUAUGUGUUUAGAGAUCUGAUAAAGUAAUUGUAGCAAAUAUACCUUGAUAAAGGUAUUAGAUGUGCUAUCUCUCUGUUUCUGGUUUUCUUUGGCUGAAUACUAAGCAAUAUUACUUAAAGACUCAAUAAAUUUCACAACA